CCUCAACCAUAACGACACAGACUGCAAAAUGAUCAGGACUCUAAUACUCUCAGCACUGCUGAGCUCCACGGUAGCCAGGGGGGGUGUUGGCCAGUGGAGUGCAAAGAGUUUAAGGAAUGAGACAGGAGGUGAGGAGAGGUGCACCUGCAAUGCCUUCCUGCCCAGUUCAACCUUUCCUGUCAGUGAUUUGGUGGUGGUGGAGCAGACCGCUGUUGAGAUCUCAAACAAGCUGGAAUUGGAGAUGGGCAAGCUGGAGGAAUAUGAACUUAAGAUUACACACUAUGCAGAAAAGAUCAUAAAGCUGACGGUGGAAAUCGAAACUAUGGAAAAGAAUCCCGAUGACUACAAUGAAGCUGACUUUGAAGAGAUAAAUGUGCAGAUUAAACAAGUAGAGGCUCUGAUUGUAGAGCUGCAACUCUCCAUCAAUGCUUCGGUCGCUGUCUUUGAGUCCCUGCAUGUACAGGUAACUGUCAUGUUGGUCACCCUGGAUAGACUGGAGAAGACCUAUGACAAGAAUUUCGUGCUUUCAACUCGCAGAGAGUACUUAGAGGUGCAGCUUCAGCUCGAGGAAUGUGAGAGACGCCACCAGGAGCUCUUCAACCCCAACAUUGGUUCUUGUGCUAACUCUGGCCUACUGAGGGUCAGCAAGCCUGUGGUGAGCCAUCUGAAUGCCCAUCUAAGUACCGGCUACUAUUAUGGAGGCUGGGGGAAAGAUUCAAACCCUAUUUCUGACAGAGAGUCCAUGUACUGGUACGCUGGUUACUCUUCCACUUCCAUGACGGACAUCCGGUUCUACACUAACUACAAGAACCUCAUUCUGAGAACCCCUUUUCUCCAUCACACCCUGUCCAGUAGUUGGUAUGGCACUGGGAACAACAUUAUAAUGCGUGAUAACACUCUGUAUUAUCAGAUAAACAGCCCAUUCGGACUAGCUAAACUGAAUUUUACCACCAUGAAAUAUGAGUCCAGGGUGGUUCCCAAGGCCUCCUCCAGGUUCUCAUACAGCAGCUCCGCCAAUCAGAACUUUGACUUUGCUGCAGAUGAAACAGGAUUGUGGGUGACCUACGCUACUGAAGAGUCCGGGGGUCGGGUGGUCAUAGCUAGAAUAAAUGAGGCCUCCUUUGGGAUUGAGGGGGAAUGGCUGACCAGUGUUUAUAAACCAGGUGUUACUAAUGCCUUCAUGAUCUGUGGUGCUUUUUACGCAGUAAGAACAGUGGACACCCUAACUGAAGAGAUAUUUUACAAGUACGACACUAAAACUAAACAGGAGAGCUACAUUAGUAUUACCUUUGAGAGGUUUCAAAACAGAUAUACAAACUUGGAUUAUAAUCCUACUGACCAGAAGCUCUACAUGUACAAUGAUGGUUAUUAUGUGAGCUACCAUCUCUGGUUUAACAACACAGUGGAAGCCACAGUGGCACCACCAGUGUUACUGGUGACUUAAAUAACUUUCUCUCCUUGACAGAGAAAUCUGAUAUAAAUGCUUAAUGAUUUUCUUUUUCUCCUUUUUCUUGUACCAUCCCUUUUCUUGACCGCUAAUAAAUGAUUUGAAGCAUCCAAAA